GUUGUUUCGAAUGUCGGGAGCUCGCGUUGAGAAGGCCGCGCGCUCUGCUGAGGGCACAACUUGUCCAAAUCUGUCGUUUAAGUUCAUUGACAGCUACCGGUAGCUUGAAUUUCAGGAAUACCCUCUCCCGGUCCCCUUCCCCCUCAGUCAGAGCAUGGCUCAGGAGACCAAUCAGACACAAGUGCCAAUGCUUUGCACAAUGGGCUGUGGUUUCUAUGGAAACCCCCGCACCAAUGGCAUGUGCUCCGUCUGCUACAAGGAACACCUGCAGAGACAACAGGGAGGAGGCAGGUCCAGUCCUCCAGGAGAGAAAGCUGCUACAUCACCAUCGGGAUCACCAGGAUCAGCCAGUGUGAGUGUAGAGGUCAUGACCACAGAGCUUAGUACAGAAGUAUCAGGAACUCCACCUGAGGAACAACCAACAAGUCCUAGCUCUCCAAGCCCAGUUACUGAACAGAUGACAGCUAUGAGCAUCUCCCAAGAUUCGGGGACAGUGGACUCCGAUCGAGCUGAGGAUAAGGAAGGAGACGAGGAGGAUACGUCCAGCAACACAGAGCCUGUAGGUGAAGGAGCACAAGCUUCCGAUGGUGACCUAACUCCCGAUAAAAACAAGAAAAUAAACCGAUGCUUUUCUUGCCGGAAGAAAGUGGGCCUUACUGGUUUUGACUGUCGCUGCGGUAACCUAUUCUGUGCCAUUCAUCGUUAUUCUGACAAACACGACUGUCCAUAUGAUUAUCGGAGUGCAGCUGCUGCGCGCAUACGCAAGGAGAACCCCAUCGUUGUGGCUGAGAAAAUUCAGAAGUUAUGAGGACUAAGUGCAAUAAAAGGUCUUUCUGACUUUGUGAAUUUGACGCGUG